AUGACAGCACUGUCAUGGAUUCGGUCGGAUCCAAGACGCUACAAACCCUUUGUAGCUCAUCGGGUAGGAGAAAUUCUGGAGAGUACGAAUGUCAAUGAGUGGAGGUGGGUUCCGUCCAAACUAAACCCAGCGGACGAAGCAACUAAGUGGGGUCGAGGUCCUUAUUUUAACCAGGAGAGCCGAUGGUUCACCGGGCCAGAUUUCCUGCGAAGUCCAGCAGAAGAAUGGCCAGAAAGAAUGGAACCGUUAGUAGCUACAGCCGAAGAUGCCAGACCUUCGGUGUUUUAUCAUUUUGCAGCUGAACCAGUACUAGACUUCCAACGAUUUUCAUCGUGGAAGAGGAUGCUACGUACCACAGCUUAUGUUCUUCGGUACCUAUUCAACAUCCGGAAUCCAAACCGGAGGCUGCGAGGAUCACUUUCACAACCCGAGCUACUCAAUGCAGAGCGAACCAUCUUCAAGCUUGCGCAGAGAGAAAGCUAUGCGGAUGAAAUGGCGACCCUCGAAAAGUCUAAGGCGAUGAGCAAUCAGGUGUUUGUCAAUCGAAAAAGCAAGAUCUACAAGUUGAUGCCUGUAAUGGAUGACGUAGGCUUGUUGCGGCAGCGAAGCCGCAUAAUUGCUGCAAAAGAUGUUUCUUACGAUUCCCGAUUUCCCAUAAUAUUGCCCUCCAAGCACCGAGCAGUGAGUCUUCUGGUAGAGAACUAUCAUCGACGCUACCGACACGCGAAUAACGAAACCAUCGUUAAUGAGCUCCGUCAGCAUUACGUUAUUCCGAAUUUACGUCGGAUCGUAAAAACGAUUGCAUAUAAAUGCCAGCUCUGUAAAAUCCGCAAGGCACGUCCAUACAACCCACCCAUGGCCGCUCUUCCACCAGCUCGACUGGCGUUGCAUUGUCGUCCGUUUACGUACGUAGGGCUGGAUUAUUCUGGUCCGUUCUUAACGAAAGUGGGGAGAUCAAACGUGAAGAGGUGGAUUGCCCUAUUCACGUGUCUUACAGUUCGAGCUGUCCACCUCGAAAUUGCCUACAGUUUAUCGACAGCUUCCUGCAUUUCUUGCAUACGAAGAUUCCUCGGCCGUCGAGGAUCACCGGCUGAAAUAUUUAGUGACAACGGUACAAAUUUUCAAGGUGCGGAGCGAGUUCUCCGAGCGCAGAUAGACAAGGAACUAUCGGAAACGUUCACCAGCACCACAAUGAAGUGGAGUUUCAUUCCUCCCGGGGCUCCACAUAUGGGAGGAGCUUGGGAAAGGUUGGUGCGGUCAGUAAAGUUGGCUAUGGAAGAUGCAUAUACCGAAGGGAAGUUGACGGAUGAGGAGCUGCUUACACUGAUUGUGGAGGCAGAAAGUAUUGUCAACUCGAGACCUCUGACAUAUUUACCAUUGGAUUCUGAGGAGACUGAAGCCUUGACACCGAAUCAUUUCUUGAUCAUGUCAUCCAGUGGAUCGAAGUGCAACAGUGUUGAUAUGGGGAAUUCUCAAAGAAACCUUCGAGAGAAUUGGAAUAGUAUUCAGCAGCAGGUGCACAAAUUUUGGCAACGCUUUCUGGUAGAGUAUCUGCCAGUCAUCAGAAGACAGCCGAAAUGGUUCGACGAAACCAAACCUUUGCAAGUUGGUGACUUGGUAUUGGUUGCAGAUGGCGAAAAACCUAAGGAGUGGAUACGAGGCAAAGUGAUACAAAUCUUCCAAGGAGCAGAUGGCAAGGUUCGACAGGCUUCCGUGCAAACAAGACAGGGAAUCUUCAGGCGUCCUACUUCAAGGCUAGCAGUGCUCGACGUAAAUGAUCGAAGUGCUGUCCCUAAGGACUAUGGGAAGCACCAGGGGGAGGAUGUUACGGUACCAUCGAGCUAG